UCAGUACGAUUCGCACGCCCCUCGCUAAACUAUUUUCGUAUUAUCAUAAGUACGGUGUUUGUAAAUGUAAUUAAUUUUUUCACCAAUAUUUAAAUCUACACACAUAAGUUUAUACGUAUAGUUUGUUAUCUGUAUACGUACUAUAAUAUUGAUAUAGUAACAUAUUUGUUUGGUUUGCGCGUUUAUAAAACGUAUUUACAUUCAAUUUGUAUUAAUUUUAUAUAUUUUUCGUCUAAAACGGUUUCCAAUUAGUUUUUUUGGAUGUCUUUUGACGACCGCCGGCUGUCCGAGGCCAGAAGGGGCAGCAUUAGUGCCUACAUCAACAAAAAGAAAUUCCUCGUCAAGACAGAGAGAAGUGGCAAUGUCUACGUUCACGUCCAGGGAGAUCUUACCCAGCAGGACAAGAGAGCAAUAUUUCUUACUGUUCAUGACCUGGGAUGCAAUCACAUAUCGUUUGAGAACUUUGUCAACCAGCCAUGUAUGAGUGAAAUUAAAGACCGAUCAAUAUUUAUUCAUAUUGACGUGCCUGGCCACGAGGAUAACGCUGAUACUCUACCCGACUCUUUUCAGUUUCCAUCAUUGCAAGUGCUAGGAGAAGAUUUAGUGGCUGUUUUGGAUACUUUGCACAUUCGUUAUGUUAUUGGAUUAGGAGAAGGAGCUGGUGCCAAUGCAGUAGCAAGAUUUGGUUUGGCACAUCCUUCGCGAGUAUUAGGAUUGAUACUCAUAAAUUGUACUGGAUCGGCUACAUCGGUGAAGGAAAAUUUCAAAUCAAAAUUUGUAAACUGGAAAGGCAAAUCAACUGUGAGCCAAUCAGCGAUGGAUUAUUUAAUUUUUCAUAAAUUUGGACAUCAACUUAUGAAUGAAACAAACCCGGACAAAGAGUUGGUCAUCAAUGAGUUUGUAAAACGUCUUCAAGGCACUAUAAACUCAAAAAAUCUCAAACAAUACGUAAACGCAUUUCUUAACCGAAAAGAUCUUAUGCUUAAAGACUACAAACAAGACAUAUUAUUGGUAACUGGAGUUUUGGGCUCUUAUGCUAAUGUUGUCGAGAAGUUACAUCGUGAUUUGAACAAACACAAGGCCACAUUAUUGAAAAUUGAAAGGGCUGGAGAUGUUUUAGCAGAAGCACCGGCAAAAAUGGCACAAAGCAUCCUGUUAUUCUGCAAGGGGCAAGGCCUACUUACAUCGGUCACAUUGCCAGGUAUCGAGAGACAGCGCACAUUCUCAGGCAGUUCAUCGGAUGGCGAGCGUCCGAGGCGCAGUUUGUCUCGCGGUAUGAGCAUGGAAGACUACGAUCGACCAAACAUUCGGCGACUAUCCAUAUCCGUCAACGAAAACCUACCGUCUCCCAAAUAAAGACUAAACGAAUGAACCACCCACGCAUAAACGAUUGGCUAAAUUGAUAUACAUGAGUACGCUAUUUGAAAACAUACAUUUAAAAAAAAAAAAAUCUAGUCAUUAACUUCUAUUAUUACUUCUAUUUAUACGUGUAAUACAUUAAUCUUGCAUGAAUUGUCGUUAGUUCCUUUAGUCGCCCGAAAGAGCCAAAUAUCCUUGUAUUGUAUAAUAUAUAUUAUAUAAUAUUAAAUAUCUUGCCCCUCGAUUCCGCCCACAUAUCAGUAUUACAAAAUUACACUUAACGAAAAGGCUCUUCAUUGUACUUAUUUUAUGGAACGCGUUCCUACAAUGACAAUAUAAGCGAGGGCCAAGAAUAAAAUGUUUUGUUCGUUUUUACAAUAUUUUUUUAUUUUCACCGAAAGUGAGGUCGGACUGGAGAUGGCAUUGGUACAUUUUGUCAACGGCUAUAUAGCGAAACCGUUGUCAAUUUUUUUUUGUAAUUUUGUUUUUGUUUUUUUUUUUAACAAAAUGAUUGUGAUUUCACUUCAUUUAAUGCCAAAGUAUUUAUUAUUAUUAUUUUCAAUUGUUAACGAAAUUUUGUUGUGCGAACACAUUUAAAUUAUUCAAAUGUUUAUUUUAGCCACGGGUGAGAAGCCAUCUUUUUCACGUUUUUUUUUUUUAUAUUCUAUGAUUUUGUUGAAACGAAAUAAUAUAGUGGGGAA